UAAAACACGUUUUUAUGAAUCUGCUCAUUCAACUCAUGGAGAAAGGCUAUGUUGACGAUGACAAGAAGACCACCGACGUAACAUCUGGCUUCGAAACUUCCACGGCGACGGCAACGUUCGCUUUAUACGAAUUAGCUCAUCAUCGAGAUAUACAAGACAAAGUUCACAAGGAAAUCGACGAAACGUUGACAAAGCAUGAUCUGACCUACGACGCUAUGAACGAAAUGCCUUAUCUAACCAAAGUAAUAAAUGAGACUCUGAGGAAAUAUCCACCUCUUCCAAUGUUGAAUCACAUUUGUACUAAAAAUAUUAAUCUACCGACAACGAACAUUCAUCUGCCAAAGGGGACUUCUAUUUUUAUACCAAUACUUAGGCUGCAUUGGGAUCCAUCGAUUUAUCCUGAUUCAGAUAAAUUUGAUCCUGAACGAUUUAACGCAGACGAGAAAGCAAGAAUGCAUCCUUAUGCUUAUUUGCCAUUUGGAGAAGGCCCACGAAUCUGCAUUGGAGCGCGAUUUGGACACGUGCAAACGAAAGUUGGACUCGUGAGUCUUCUUUUCAAAUAUAAGUUCAAACCUCACUCCCAGACUGCA